AUACAAAGUACUAUUUUGUUACGAUCACGUUAAGAGAAGCAGCCAAGCGCGAAUUUUGUGUACUGCUUAUGACUUAUGCUAUUGUACACAUAUAACUUAUACUUCAGUACAUUGGAAAAUGAGCAGUCUAUAUUUCUUCGAAUUUAUUUUCUCUGUGUUGCUGAUAACGGCUUCCUCGACGAUUGGUCAGGAUUUAGAGGAACCCCCACAAUGUCCGGUACAAAAGCCGGACAAAUGUCUAAAUACCGCGGAUAUCAAGGCUGCCUUAAACGAUUUCACCGUACGCGCCUAUAAACAGCUGGCGACCUCCAAGAGCACUCCAGCUGAUUCAAACAUCGUCUUCCUUCCCCUGCACGUCAGCACCGCCCUGCUGUUGGCUUGUGCCGCGUCCAAAGGCCCCACCCACGACGAAAUCAUCGCGGCGCUCAAUCUCGGCAGCGGUAUUAACUGCGAAGAUGCCUAUGGAAUUAUCCAGUAUCUGUACCGUACCGCGCCGCAUAAAACCGAUCCGCCCACACGUUUCGACGACGCCACCUUCGCCAUUAACCGAUUGUACGUGGACAAGAGUGUCACACUGCGUCCGGAGUUUGUCCACGCCGUACAGACCAACUUCAACCAGACACCGGGAGUGGAGGAUUUCAAGAAUAACGCCGCCGGGGCGAUUAACAACAUCAACAACUGGGCAAAGGAGCAAAGCAGCGGGAAUAUUCAGAAUGUCGCCAACGAGCAGACCAUCAAUAAGGACACAACGGUGACCUUAGUCAACAGCCACUAUCUGCAGUUUCUAUGGUCUCAACAGUUUGACCCUAAGAAUACGGUGGCAGGCGAUUUCAGUCUGCUGAAUGGUGCCAAGGCCUCGGUUAAAAUGAUGGUCAACAAGGAGAAGAACUACAUGUACUUUAACAAUCUGGACGGUAAAGCGGUUCCUAAUGUACCGGCAUUUGAAAUGAUCGACUUGAUGGAUAAAUGGGCCACGGGUUCGGUACUGGUGUUUGUUCCCAAAGAUGCCAAAGAUCUGGCCAAUCUGGAGAAAGCUUUGACGCCGGCUUUGGUAGACCAAGCGUUUAGCAAUACGAAGCGCACGUUGAUGAACCUGAGCGUGCCCAAGUUCACGGUGGAGUCUGUGACGGACGUCAGUAAGAUCGCGUCCGGGUUGGGUAUCAACAAGUUGUUCAGCAAGGAUGCCGAUUUGUCUCCCAUGACGACCAGCAAAGGGGUGACCAUAAAAGGCAUCGCUCAUAAGGCUAUGAUCGACGUUAAUGAGCAAGGACUGAAGGCUGCGGCUGUUGGUAUUGCCACGGCAGGCAAGUCUGCGUUCAAUGUGAAACCGCCCAUCAAUGUGACUGUCGAUAGGCCAUUUGUUUUCGUUAUUCGCAUUCGGGAGACGGAAUUCUUAUCCUACGUGGGUCGUGUCACAAAUCCAGUACAAAAGUGAUAUUUCCAUUAAGUCUCGUUUAAUUUGUGGGAGUUGGCUACAUAAUUUUGUUUCGGUGUAAUGACAGUGGAAGUGUGUAGCUGUAACUGGUGACGGUUGUUUUAAAUUACGGCAGUCAAAAACCAGAUAAAAAAUACUUCAUCUCUAACUCGUUCCGA